AUGCGCACAACGUCUCAUGUUUUCCUCUACGAGGACUCUGGGUAUAACCUGGACGACGUAGCAGUGGUGACCGAUGACUACAUCAAGAAGAACAUGACCGGAGUGAUUCACUGGCUUGUGCAGGCGAAUGACUCGCCCUUUUUUAACAUUCCGGACACGGCGAGCAGACAAGAGGUCUGCACGGAGAUAAAUCGUUUGCCCCUUGGACUUCUGCAGAAUGGUCAGACCGUCGACGUCGUCUUGCAUGAUGAUCAAACCGCUACCUGCUGGUUGCCGUCCCACAACUAUUGCCGCUGUGCGUCCUCUACGCGUGGCGAUAGCGCUUCCCCUGGUGUCUCCAUUCUAGACUCCCUAGUCGACUCGCAGUACUACGGCUCCACCUUUGCCAGUGGACUUGUGAGGGGUGUCACGCGCUAA